AUGGCAUUGAACGCCCGUACCGCCUCGAGAGCUCUCAGGAGCGUGAGGCCUUCCACUGUCAAGCCUCUUACUUCCGUGCAAGCCCGCAGCUAUGCCUCCUCUUCCGAGCCCGACCUCAAGGAGACCCUCGCAAAGGUCAUUCCUGCCAAGCGCGAGCUGCUCAAGAAAGUCAAAGCCCAUUCGGAUAAGAAGAUUGGCGACUUGAAGGUUGAGAACACCUUAGGUGGAAUGAGAGGCUUGAAGGCCAUGGUCUGGGAAGGCUCGGUCCUCGAUGCAAACGAGGGCAUUCGCUUCCACGGCCGCACUAUCAAAGACUGCCAGGAAGUCCUCCCCAAGGGCACCAGCGGCACCGAAAUGCUUCCUGAAGCCAUGUUCUGGCUUCUGCUGACCGGAGAGGUUCCUACUACCUCUCAGGUUCGCAAACUUUCGCGGGAGUUGGCCGAAAAGGCCGCAAUUCCAGCCUUCGUUUCAAAGAUGCUGGAUGAUUUUCCCAAAGACCUUCAUCCCAUGACCCAAUUCGCCUGCGCCGUGUCCGCCCUGAACUACGAAUCCAAGUUCGCAAAGAUGUACGAAAAGGGUUUGAACAAGGCCGACUACUGGGAGCCGACCUUCGACGAUGUCAUCUCCCUCCUUGCAAAGCUUCCUACCAUCGCCGCCAAAAUCUACCAGAACGCCUACAAGGGUGGUGGCUCGCUACCCGCUGAGGUUGAUCUGAACCAGGAUUGGUCGUACAACUUCGCCGCCAUGCUGGGUAAGGGUGGUAAGGAAAACGAAGGUUUCCAGGACCUACUGAGGCUGUAUCUUGCUCUCCACGGUGACCACGAGGGAGGCAAUGUCUCGGCACACGCUACCCACCUCGUGGGCAGUGCCCUCAGCGAUCCUUUCCUGAGCUACAGCGCUGGCCUUCAGGGCCUGGCUGGUCCCCUCCACGGUCUUGCCGCUCAGGAAGUGCUCCGCUGGAUCAUCCAGAUGAAGGAGGCCAUCCCCAAUGAUUUCACCGACAGCCACAUCAAAGACUACCUCUGGUCAACGCUGAAGUCUGGUCGUGUCAUCCCUGGUUAUGGUCACGCUGUUCUCAGGAAGCCUGAUCCUCGCUUCCAGGCUCUCAUGGACUUUGCCUCUGCAAGACCGGAGAUCGCGAACGACCCCGUCUUCCGCCUGGUCAAGGCAAACUCUGAGAUUGCACCCGCUGUCCUCACCGAGCAUGGAAAGACCAAGAAUCCUUUCCCGAACGUCGAUUCCUCCUCAGGCGUCCUUUUCCACUACUACGGCUUCAAGGAGACUCUCUACUACACUGCGACCUUCGGCGUGAGCCGUGGCCUCGGCCCUCUCGCCCAGCUGAUUUGGGACCGUGCCUUGGGCCUGCCGAUCGAGAGGCCCAAGAGCGUCAACCUUGAGGGAAUUCUCAAGCAGGUUGGUGGCGCAUGA